AAAGUAAACAAAAGUUAUCGAUGGUCAUGAAUUUAAAUUACUCCAACGUUUGAAUAAUUCAAACCAAUCUACAUCCAAAGUUGACAAGGCAAAGUGAAUAAAUUGGCUCAUGCGCUCCAUUCGUAUUCAUUAGCACUUUCGGUUUACCGGAAACUUACUGAUACAGCUGCUGUUAUUGUUCCAUGAUUCGAAGGAAAAUUUUAAUCAGGAUUUAUGUAAUUGAAAGCAAUACGUUUUAAUUCAGUCACUUGGACGAGGAAGCCGCCGGCACCUUGCUAGGCCGGACCAUGUCUAAUAGAAAUACAAACACUUGGCAUAUUUAGCUCGAGAAGUAGUCUAGGACGACACCAGUUCACACCUCGGGUAUUUUUUGUUUGCUCCUGCCAGUGCUAGCAACUGUGAACAUGACAGCGAAGCGCUUGAUUACCUUAGUGCUGACAGUUUUCCAAUUCCAACUGCAACGGCCUGCAACGAGUAAAGAAAUAAGACUUGCUGCGUUGAUACCGUGGAAUGGAACCUGGCCUAUUGGACCGAGAAUGGCGUCCGCAUUGCUUGUUGCCUUCGACACGAUAAAGAACGACCUGAAUCUGCUACCGGAUUAUAACUUGACUUACGACUGGAGAGAUAGUGAAUGUGACACCGGAGCCACGCUGAGAUCCAUGGCCGACUUGCAAGCGAAGACACCACCAAUUCAUGCUUUUAUUGGACCAGGUUGUUCGGUUGGCUGUAUGCCGGGAGGGUAUUUAGCCGCACACUGGGACAACCCAAUGAUAUCGUUUGGUUGCGGCGAAGCCACGCUUUCCGAUAAAGUUCAAUACCCCACAUUUGUUCGAACUGUCGGAACGUACGCACAGACCGGAAAAUUUUUCCUAAAGAUCAUGGAAGAAUAUAAUUGGGACCGAGUUGCGAUCCUGUCUUCAACGGAAAGCCUCUGGUCGCAAGUCGCUAGUUUUGUUAAAGAUGAAAUCGAUAACGCAAAAAGCGGGGGAUACAUGGUGUCCUAUUUUCAAGUGUUUAGCCCGGGUGUUACUACCGAUGAGCAAUUCAGAAGCAUGUUUCUCUCUGCAAGAGAAGUGGCGCAUGUCUUUAUCCUUGUUGGUUAUGGAAGUUCCAUACGACAGAUAAUGCUUAGUCUCCACGACUUAGACAUGAUAACCACGCAGUAUGCUUACUUCACCUUUGAAAUUACACCUGAGAACUGUAAAGGAAGCGACGGAAGGGACGAAGAUGCUUGCGAAGCAUUUGAGGGCCUUAUGGACAUUGCUAACUAUAUUCCUGAAACUCAAGAAUAUCAGAGAUUUGAGGACAAGGUUCGACAAAAAAUGCCAGAGUUUGCCGGCCUCGGAUAUCAUAUGCAGCCAGACGAUAAAGUUGAUUUGUACGCUGGUUUUCUCCAUGAUGCUGUCGUACUGUACGCGCUCGCCGUCCAUAAUCUUAUAACACAUGGAGGAAACUUUACAAAUGGAAGAGAACUUAUGAAGCACAUGACCAACAGGAGCUUUGAAGGUCCCUAA